UCCCCUCCCCUCCCGGUGCCGCCAUGUCCGCGGAGCAGGUGAGCAGCCUGUGCGAGCAACUGGUGAAGGCGGUGACGGUGAUCAUGGACCCGGCCUCCACCCAGCGCUACCGCCUGGAGGCGCUCAAGUUCUGUGAGGAGUUUAAAGAGAAAUGUCCCAUCUGUGUCCCCUGCGGUCUGAAGCUGGCAGAGAAAACCCAGACAGCCAUUGUCAGGCACUUUGGUCUUCAGAUCUUGGAGCAUGUGGUCAAGUUUCGCUGGAACAGCAUGCCUCGCCUCGAGAAGGUCUAUCUGAAGAACAAUGUCAUGGGGCUCAUAUCCAAUGGAACACAGAAUAUUUUGGAGGAGGAAAGUCACAUUAAGGAUGUCCUGUCUCGCAUUGUGGUGGAGAUGAUCAAGCGUGAAUGGCCUCAGCACUGGCCUGAUAUGCUGAAGGAGCUGGACACACUUUCCAAACAAGGGGAGACACAGACAGAACUGGUGAUGUUCAUCCUCCUGCGUCUGGCAGAGGACGUGGUGACCUUCCAGACGCUGCCCACCCAGCGGCGACGGGACAUCCAACAAACCCUUACCCAGAACAUGGAGAAGAUUUUCAGCUUCCUGCUCACUACCCUGCAGCAGAACGUCAACAAGUAUAGGCGCAUGGUGGGAGCGCCCCAGGAGCGAGAUGCCCUCACCACUCCACAGAAGACUGACCUGGCUCAGGAACCAAAGGCCCAGGCAAACUGCCGCGUUGGGAUAGCAGCACUGAAUACCCUGGCAGGCUACAUUGACUGGGUGGCCAUGAGCCACAUCACAGCAGAUAACUGUAAGCUCCUGGAGAUGCUGUGCUUGCUCCUGAAUGAACCCGAGCUCCAAGUGGGAGCAGCAGAGUGUCUUCUGAUCGCUGUCAGCAGGAAAGGGAAGCUGGAGGAUCGGAAGCCUCUUAUGGUCUUGUUUGGAGAUGUUGCCAUGCACUACAUACUUUCUGCUGCACAGACAGCAGAUGGUGAAGGCCUGGUCGAGAAGCAUUAUGUUUUCUUGAAGAGACUUUGCCAGGUCUUGUGUGCUUUGGGCAGUCAGCUGUGUGCAUUAGUGGGCUCGGAUUCUGACGUGGACACACCAGCCAACCUUGGGAAAUAUCUGGACUCGUUUCUAGCUUUCACAACCCAUCCCAGCCAGUUCCUGCGCUCUUCCACUCAGAUCACCUGGGGAGCCCUCUUUCGACAUGAAAUCCUGUCCCGUGACCCUCUGCUGUUGGCUAUGAUCCCAAAGUACCUUCGUGCAUCUAUGACUAACCUAGUGAAGGUGGGCUUCCCCUCUAAAACAGACAGCCCCAGUUGUGAAUACUCUCGCUUUGACUUCGACAGCGAUGAGGACUUCAAUGCCUUCUUCAACUCUUUCCGUGCCCAGCAGGGAGAAGUCAUGAGGAUGGCGUGUCGCCUGGACCCAAGGACUGGCUUCCAGAUGGCUGGGGAGUGGCUGAAGUACCAGCUGGCAUCUCCUGUUGAUAUUGGACCCAUGAACUCUAAGACUGGGGAAGGUCUCUGCUCCAUCUUCUCUCCUUCCUUUGUACAGUGGGAUGCUAUGACCUUCUUCUCGGAGAGUGUCAUCAGCCAGAUGUUCCGGACUCUGGAUAAGGAAGAGAUCCCAGUGAAUGAUGGCAUAGAGCUGCUGCAGCUUGUCCUGAACUUUGAAACAAAGGAUCCUCUCAUCUUGUCUUGUGUGCUCACCAAUGUCUCUGCACUCUUCCCAUUUGUCACCUAUAGGCCAGAGUAUCUACCCCAAGUCCUCUCCAAGCUAUUCACUGCCGUCACUUUUGAAGUUAUAGAAGAGAGUAAGGCCCCAAGAACUCGGGCAGUGAAGAAUGUGAGAAGACAUGCAUGCUCCUCGAUCAUAAAGAUGUGUCGGGACUACCCUCAGCUUGUCCUGCCUAACUUUGAGAUGCUGUAUAACCACGUGAAGCAGCUGCUGUCCAAUGAGCUGCUCCUGACACAGAUGGAGAAGUGUGCUCUCAUGGAGGCCCUGGUCCUCAUCAGCAACCAGUUCAAGGACUACCAGCGGCAGAAGGUUUUCCUGGAGGAGCUCAUGUCUCCUGUUGCCAACCUGUGGCUCUCUGAAGAGAUGCAGAGAGUCCUGUCAGAUCCUGAAGCAUUCAUCUCCUACGUGGGUGCUGACAACAAAAUUGCUGAUCCUGUCUUGGAAGAUCCCAGUGGCCUGAACCGCUCCAGAAUAAGCUUUUGCGUGUACACCAUUCUGGGAGUUGUGAAACGGGCUCGUUGGCCCACUACCCUGGAAGAGGCUAAGGCCGGAGGAUUUGUGAUCGGGUGCAUGCCAAGCGGCAAUCCGAUCUACCGUAACCCCUGCACUGAGCAGGUCCUGAAACUUCUCGACAACUUGCUCGCUCUCAUAAGCAGCAGGUACAAUGGCAUUGCAGUUUUGGAGGAAGCUGUUGGGCCGUUUGGCUGCAGGAUUUAUGCUGUGUGCAGCUGUCGACACCCAGAGUGGAGGUCUGAGGUCUCGAAGGAGAGAGGUAGGACCCACAACAAUCUCUACAUGCCAGAGAUGGUGGCUAAGCUGGGGGAAACAUUUGCAAAGGCUUUAGAUAUGCUGGAAGUGGAGAAGAAUGCCAUCCUAGGCCUCCCUCAGCCUCUCCUGGAGCUUUAUGACUCUCCUGUUUACAAAACCAUCUUAGAAAGGAUGCAGGGCUUCUUCUGUACCCUCUAUGACAAUUGUUUCCACAUCCUGGGUAAUGCCGGCCCAUCAAUGCAGCAAGACUUCUACACUGUUGACGGCCUCGCCAGCCAGUUCCUCAACUCAGCCUUCGUUAACCUCAACAAUAUUCCCGACUACAGGCUGCGCCCCAUGCUUCGUGUGUUUGUGAAGCCUUUGGUUCUCUCCUGCCCCUCGGAGCACUACGAAACCCUUCUCUGCCCCAUGCUCGGCCCGCUCUUCACCUAUCUACACGUGAGACUGUCCCAGAAAUGGCAGGUCAUCAGCCAGCGGAGCAUGCUUUGCGAGGAGGACGCAGCAGAUGACAACCCUGAGUCCCAGGAGAUGCUUGAGGAGCAGCUGGUCAGGUUGCUGACCCGGGAAGUCAUGGAUCUUAUCACUGUUUGCUGUGUUUCAAAGAAAGGCGCCGCUGAGCAUAACAGCUCUGCUGCUGCAGAUGGAGACGAUGAUGAGAUGAUGUCCACAGACGUGACCCCACCUUCCAGUGCAGAGCUAACUGAGCUGGGCAAAUGUUUGAUGAAGCAGGAGGAUGUCUGCACUGCACUGCUGAUCACGGCCUACAGAUCCCUCUCCUGGAAGGACACCCUGUCCUGCCAAAGAACCACCACGCAGCUUUGCUGGCCACUGCUCAAACAGGUGCUCACUGGGAAUCUGCUCCCUGACGCAGUGACCUGGUUCUUCACCGGCGUGCUGAAAGGGUUGCAGACACACGGACAGCAUGAUGGCUGCAUGGCAGCUCUCGUCCACCUGGCUUUCCAGAUCUAUGAGGCUUUGCGCCCCCGCUAUGCUGAGCUGAAGGCAGUGAUGGAACAGAUCCCAGAAAUCCAGAAGGAAUCGUUGGAGCAGUUUGACUCCAAGCUUCUCAACCCAACUCUGCUGAAAGUGGCAGAUAAGCGCCGGAAGGACAAUUUCAAACGCCUCAUUGCAGGCUGCAUUGGGAAGCCUCUGGGAGAACAGUUCCGCAAAGAGGUUCACAUCCGGAACCUCCCAUCUCUCUUCAAAAAAGUGAAGCCGUCGCUGGAGACGGACGUGCUGGAGAACAACGAGGAUGGAGAAGGCCUCGCUGCACUCUUUGAGCCCUGAGCUGGGUCACGUCAGCCUCCCCCACCCCCGCUUCAUAUUUUCUGUCUCCUCUUGUAGUAACCACAUUAGAUUCCUCUUCUCACUCCUCCAUGAGCAUUUGCCUAAACAGAGCACCCCCAAUCUCAUCCCCAUACCUUUUCUGUGCGGGGAUGCACCCUGAGUUUGGACUUGAUCCAGCCUGUCAAGCUUUCCCUGAUUUUUCCCAUCGGAUUUGCAGCUUUAGGCUUCAGCUUGUGUGAAGAUGAGAGCUAUGCACAUAGACUCCACUAGGUAGAGCCUUGUCAUUUUGCAGCCUUGGGUCACUUGAACCCCACCUGCUUCUGGGCUAGUCCCUCAGGAGUUAGGUUUAAUGGGAGAGGCAGAACGAUAUCCCAGCGAAGAUGGCACUCCCAAGCCUCACUCUGAAGGGAGGGAGCCAGGCUUCACCUGGGAUGCAUCACACUCCUGUUGUGCCCACCACUGGCUCUCCCCAUCUGGCAUCAUCUCCAGUGUGACGACAGCAGAGGGCUUGUUUUCUGGUGAACCUCUUUCCCUCUCAGACUACUUGAAAGCAGCCGUAGUUUUCUCAGCUGUGAUUGCUUUCCAGGCUGGAGGCUGCAUGCUUGGGAGCGUUACAGUGCCCUAGUCUCCCAGAGUCAGUAUUCUCAGUCUGAUUUUUAAAACACUCUUCCUCUCUGGAACGAGACAGACGUUGUCGUAUGUGUGCUCAGUAGAACUUACUCCACAAGGAUCCAAAUGGAAAGCUGGCUUAGCCUUAUGCCAGUUUCUAUCAAAAGCCCCUCUGGACUGAGGCAGGAGUGUCAUGCAGCAUUCCCUGUAGACUGGAAAAUGACAGGUGCAGAGUAUGGAAAAUCUGGACCAGUCUGCCACGAGCAUGUAAACCCUGAAGGGGGUCAGCCCUCAGUCUUUUUCAUGGGGAUGACAGUCGGCCUGCAUUCUGCUUUAAGGAUAUGCAUUGUCCCGCAUCACCGUUCUUCCUGAAAUCUUGACCUCUUGUAGCCAGGGUUGAGGAAGAUGGGGGUUAAAUUCCUGAUCUACCAUUUUAGCAGAAUAAGGAAGUAUGGACUGAGAUUUGAACCUUUCUGUGCCCUGUUCUGGUGGCAGUGAGAGUGGUUUAGUCUCUGUUGAGGAUCAAGUGUUGUGGCAGGAGUUGGGCUCUGUAAUGCAAAUUGUAUGGUGGGAAAAGGUCUUUAUCCAAAAUGAGCUUUUUUGGUUUGUCAUCCAGGGUGCUGCAAAAGAAUAGAGAACUGAAACCAAUGGGAAGUGUAUUGACUAGGCUGGGGCCUGGACGGGGAGCAGAACAGAAAUCUUAGGAGAAUGGGGCUGGAAAGAAGAGCAGGCCUUGGGAACGCAGUGUGACCAUCCCUGUGGCCUGAGCCUACUCGUCCUAUUGCCCUUGGUACACGGUCCCUUCUACUCUUUGCCUCAUAAUCUUUUUACUUACUCCUGAGCUAAAGUGGCUCCUCGCCUCAGCAGAGGCUGGUUGUAUUUAUUGUGUUGUGGUAUUUUUAACAUUGUGACUUCAUGCUAGAAACAAAGAUUUUUUUUAAUGGUUUUUAGAGCCUUCUUUUGUAGGAAUAUUAAAUGCGAAUCUGUCUCUGGAUUGGUUGUUAAAUCUCUGAAUGUCAGUAAAGGUAUUUUGGUUUCAUA